AUGUUACGGAGAUUCAUGUUUAAUGAAUUGGUCUGGAAAUGUGAAAUCCCGCUGAAUACCGUUGUAAUUCAUCUCAAUCAGACUAAUGCAAAAUACAAUAAGGUUGAAAUGGAAGACGAAACAAAUAACAGAAAUCGAUUAGUUGAACUAAACAUAAGAUCAAUUUCAGAACUGAGUAAAGCAUUUUUGACGCUACAUUCUACGCAACACUUCAACAAUAAACAAGUGUCGUGA